AUGUGUCACAAGUUGAAAACGUUCCUGAAAAGUAAAGAAUCUUAUCUAUGUGUAACGGGUCGCCAUGUAUAUGAGUGCUCGAGCAAAGUCAUGUUCGCUAUCGUGCUUUUACUCACAAUUCCAUUGCAGGAAGUCAUCGCCAGUACUUGUUCUUUCUUGGAAAAAACCUGUAUCAAAUAUUCAAGCACUUGGUGCUGUCGGAUUUAUGAAUAUUGUGGAAGUUAUUCAGGAUCAUGUUUGUCUUAUACAACAAUAAGAACGACUACUACCACCACUGCGCAGCCUUCACGUUUCACUGAUCUUCCCAACGGCGCUAUCGUUACAAUUAUUGCACUUCCAAUCUUUUUCUGUAUUAUUUUUUGUGGAUGUUACGCUAGUUCAAGUCAACAACGACAAAAUACCAGUCAUACCUCGUCGAAUGCAAAUUCUUCCUUUCGACCGUCUCGACAUCAACGACAAUCAUCACCAAAUCGUAUAAAUCCUGUUGUCGCUCCACCACCGAUUCCGACUUUUUAUGAAGAUGCUCCACCGUCAUAUGAAACCGCUGUGGCUGACUUAUCUCCUAAAACACCACCACUCACAGCAAAUGUCGAUCGAACAAAUCUAUAG